AUGCCGCUCGCUACCCCGCUGCUGCCGCCUCCGCCGCCGCCCGAGCAGUCCCGACUGAGCCCGGCAGGAUCGCUCUGCCUUUUCCGCAACAUCAUUCCAUUAAUCGCCGGGAGGCAAGAAAAGGCUCUGGGCGCCGGGGCUGCCGCUGCUCGGGGAGCGAGCUCGCUAAAAAUACGUAAUUUUUUUUCUCCUUUCCUUCUCGCAGGCUGGCUCGCCUUCCUUCCACCGUCUCGUCCGGCUCCCAGGCUGCGGGAUCCUGCGCGAAGUUCCCUUUACCAGACGCGGUACCUCAGGGACGCUCCGCCGCCGCGCGGAGUUGGGGCAGGGGCGCUGCCCUCCAAGUUGCUACCGCGCCCCCGGCGCCUCCGGUCGGGGAGCGCCCGCCGGGCGCAGCUCGCAGGGGCCGGAGGGGCGGCGGCUGCGCACCAUGUGCCGCCCCCGGCGCCCGCCGCGGCCCCGGCUCGCAGGAAGCGCCGCGGAGGGUGUGGCCCGCCCGCCCCGCACGGCCCCGCCGCGCACCCGCGGGGAGCCGGCCCGGGAGGGGAGAGGGGCACGGCGGGGAGCCGGGACGCGGAGGACCGCGGGGGGAAGGAAAAACAAAAAAAAAGAAGAGAGAGACGAGGGGGUAAAAAAAAAAGCUCCACCGGAUCCGGGUGCUGGGGCGGGCGGGCGGAUCCGUUCCCCUUCCUUUGCCGCUGCCUCACUCCUUCCUGCCGCGAUCAUUCACGCGGCCGCUGCGCGCUCGCUCCCCGCCGCCGCCGUCCAUCCCCUGCGCCCCGGGCCCUCCUCGCCGGCUCCCGCGGUGGCCGCCGCCGCACCAACUUAGGCUCUUCCCGCAAACAAGGGUGGUGGCCGCGGGCUGCAGCCGCGGAUGCUGCGACCCGCCCGGCCUUGCGCUCCUCCUGCCAUCUUCCCUGGCUGAGCGGCCAACUCCCAGGGAAAAAAGAAAAAAAAAUAAAAGAAAAAGAGGAAAAAAAAAAAAAAAAGGAGAGAGCUAGGAAAUCUUCGUUUAAAUUCCCUUUUUCUGGCUUUCAGACAAACUACUGGGAAGCGGCGGCUACGACGGCGCUGCCAGCCAGACGCUGCACGGCUCCGGGGGAGCUCCCCCGCCCCGCUGCCUUUGCUGUAACCUCACUUGAGCCUAUCGAAAUCUUUUGUGCGGUGUCACCGCCCUUCGUUUAAAUCCUGCCCUCCCCCCGCCGCCGCUCCGCGCCCGCCGCCGCUCGCUCCUCCCAGGCGGAGGGGGCAGCAGCGCCGGCACCGCCCGUCCGCCGCCGUCGCUGCCCCGUCCCCGCCGCGCCGGGCUCCGGAGGGGCUCCACGAAUAAACAGCGGGGAUGCCGGAGCGAGAGGCCCCUGGGAGGAAGGCGAGAGGCAGCCGGACAGCGGCCGCCGGGAGAGCGCGGCCCGGGGGCGCACGGAGCGGUCGGAUAGCGGAGAGCGAGGAGCCGCCCCAGCCCCGGCCCGGGUGCCGCUCCCUGCCCGGCCCCUGCCCCGGGCAGCCCGCCAGAUGCUGCUGCCUGCCACGAUGCUCUGUGUGAUUUGUGCCAUGCCCCAAGGACAAAGGGGAGAGAUCCUUGUUUUGGACAGGUCCUGCAGUGCCUCCUCCACCAGUCUCCCUCCACAGAUACCCAGCUGGGCCUUAACCAUGGCAGUUCCUGACCAAAGCCCUUAGUAACUGCUACAAUAUAAAGCAAUUUUUUUUUCUAGCUCUUCUAACCUAUCCACCAGGCUGAUCUAGUCCUCAUCUGCCUUGGUAUUAGCCAGGGGGAAAACUGGUAAUUUUUGUCUUGUAGUAGGUGUUGCAUGUGGACAGUGUCCAAGGAAGUCUUGCCAAAUGUCAUUGUCCUCCCAUAGAAGCCUUGGGUGUUUAGUUUUUCUGCAUAUUAAAUGUUUGGGGAAGAGUCACUUAGCUUUUGCUUUUUGAAAAAAUAAUGUCGAAAAUACCACCUUCAUUAGUCAUUUUUAUCAUGCAAGUGGCUUUUCCUGGAGCAGGUCCCUGUGAGAUCCAUCCUACAGACUCUAGGGUUGCUGCCUAGGUACACCUGGCCUAGCUGGAUUCCCUCUUAGUCUGUGUUUCCCAUGAACAUGCAGUCUCAUUCUAAAAUGCAGCCUUGGAGGUGGAUUCUCUUGGGCUGGUACCUGAGCAAGGUACAUGCUUUGAAGUGCCAGUUCAUGCAUCUCUGUGAUUAAGGAGGAGACUUGUACUCAGUGAUGUUUGGGUGGGUAUUUUCUUCCUAAGUCUUCUGCACAUCUCUUUCAAGGAGGAUGUAUUCAUGCCCAUUUAUUUCAGUGCAAAGGUGAUCCACAGGGCUUGGGCAGCUCACUGCAUUGGUAUAAAAACUUGAUGAUGUGACAAUCAGGUGGCCAUGCUUGGCUUUAAAACGAUUUCAGUGACAGAGUCUGAAUGAAUUAACUCUCUGGGGUUCAAACCAGCAGGCAUUGUCAGAUACAAGGGAUUAAAAGGCUUUUUAAUGUGGCUUAGUAGUGUACAGAAGAUUGGCUUACUUGUAUGAGCUCUUCUUUUGUCACAUUGAUCUUUAUUUUGCAUUGUGCUUAGUACAACAGAAACUGGAGGCUGAAGUCUUCUUUCCUGAAUCAUCUGAAAGAACUUAGCCCUUUUAUUGCUUAGUAAAAUAUUUCAUUGUGAAGGAGGAAUUGAUUUUUGCCAGUGUAGCCACUGUUGAGUAAUAGCUGAAGAAUACCAAGUUGUAAUAAUUUCAUGAGCACUGUAUGUGGCCAGGUGGGUGAGAGGAAGUUACUGUAUGGUGGGUUGUACUUCUUUAUAUUACUUUCCUGUACAGAUGUAUUGAUCUAACCUAAUAGGGAGCUAGCUGAUGAAGGAAUAAAAGGCAAUUCAGUGGUU